AUGUCUAAGCCAAUUAAUGUGUAUGCAGUAUCAGAGGCUCGCCAAGCUUUUGAAGAAGCUUUGCCGGGUAUUUUCUCUAGAUUAGGCUACACUCAAACUUUUAAGUUAAUAGAUACGAAGUUAUUCCUAGGAUAUUCGUUGGUAGUAUUUGCUGCAGCAAGUUUUCUACUCGACAAAAAGUUGACAUGGGAGGAGUCUAAACAAUAUCAGUUGAUAUUGGUCUCUUUAUAUGCGGUUGUCUGCGGUGUACAAUGGUGGUUUAACAAGUUUGUUGAGAAAGGUAUAAUAUAUCAGGGCACUAAUAAGGAUAACAAGAUCAGCAUAGGUGCUAAAUUCAAGAAGAACUCACAUGAGUUCCACAUAUAUAUUGCGGACUCCACGAACCAACGUGUUGAGUUGGAAACUUCUUUCACCAAAUUCUUCAAUGAGCAAGGUUAUUUACAGACUGAACUUCUAUACAACUACUUCAAGCAACAAACUGAACAAUUGGUUAGCAAAAAAAGCAAAUAG